AUGGCGCCCACUGUCGUCGCCGCGCCGGCGGUCCCCGCUGCCCCGGCUGCUACCAAGAUCAAACGCCCCAUUCCCCCAGGCAUCCAAACCAACGGCGUUCCGACAUCGCGCUCGUCGCCCUCGCCGUCAAUGUCGGCCAAGCGCGCUCCCUCAUCAGCGGGCGUCCGCCAGCCAUCCAACCCGCCAACCGCUAACGGCACGACUCCGACAUCCGCCCGUCCCCCAAACCGGCAGCGCAAGGAUGGUUCUGGACAGGUAUUAGGAAGGGGCCAAAGAACCGCUGGUCUCCGGUCCGCCAGCAUUGCUCCAGAUCUCUCGUCCUCCCAUGCAACUGAACCGCCACCCUAUGUGGUUACUGAUAAACAUAUCCUCACGAAAUUCGCCGGAAACCCACCUUCCCUCAUUGUCCACCUGUACCAGACGCAUUUCCGCUUCGACCUGCAGGAGGGCAUGUUUCAGUACAACUCACCUAUGCGAUUAUUCCUGGAACAUCUAAGGUCCCGCACAGUUCCUCAUGACCUGCUUGAGUACUUCACUCAGUGGGGUGUGCCAUUUUACGAUGGCUGUCUGAUCGUGGAAGUGCGUGACCACAAGUCCGUGGCCCAGGCGAAGGACGUUGCGAGACCAACAUCGGCAUCGAGUAAAACGGUCCCCUUCUCGGUUCACAACUACAACCAAUACAUCACUCCCUCGCCCUACGUCCCCUAUCCGAAGGAGAACCUCGCGGCGACCGGCACCGCUCCCGCAGCAGAGAAGACGGCUGAUGAGAAGGACAAGGAAAACAUGCCAGCUCCGAGCGCGCCUGCAGAUGGACAGAAGGGCAAGGGUACCCCCAAGCCCAGGAUAUUCACCGUCGUUCUGCAUCCCACGCAGCAAUGUCUGGCUACCGAUCUCCUCAUCAAGGCCACCACGCCUCGUGGCGCGUCUGAUCCUCGCGCCGAUGGCACCGUUCCUCCAACCCCUCACGCUCCCGUGCCGCCAACCCCGACUGCGGCAAGCAUGCCUCCGCCGGCAAAAAAACAGAAGCGGGAACGAAUGGAGCUUGAGGCUAGUAAUAUCUACGAAGCGGAGGCCCAGAUUUUGCUGGCCACCACGGCGCCUCUGGAUCUGGAGCCAACCAAAAACGCCGAAGAAACUAUAGCAAAGCUCGAAAAAUUUGCGCACCCUGACCACUCACACAAGCCGCCCCAGCCAAAGACGCGGAAGAGAACGGUCGCCGAAAUGGCCGCUGAUCAGGCUCUGGCUGCGGGCCAAGAGCGUUAUAUGCUUACUAUGGAUGAGCGUCUUUCCUCCAAGGUGGCUGGUGCUCAUACCGGUGGCAACGGCACUGACGGGGAUGGCCAGGCUGGAGCGGCCGUUUGGGAGCCGAGGUUCGAGCGGUUCAAGCUCAUCGCCGACAUCAAGCGUGAACACGCGGAGAAGAAGGAGCAAGAGAAGAUCAAGCAGGCCGAGAUUGAACGGAAGUUUCAGCUGCAAAAACAGCAGCAGCAACAGCAACAGGAGGCCGCCAUGCUCGCGGCAAGACAGGCCCAAGCCGACGUGGAACGGCAACGGAAGGAGCAAGCAUUGCUCGAACAGCAGCGACAAGCCCAGAGACGGAUGCAAGCAGCUCAGGCUCAAGCCCAGGUUCACCAAGCUCAGGCGCAGGCGCAGGCGCAGGCGCAAGCCCAAGCGCAGGCGCAAGCCCAAGCUCACGCGCAAGCCCAAGCGCACGCCCAGGCCCAGGCUCAGGCUCAGGCCCAGUCUCAAGCUCAAGCCCAAGCCCAAGCCCAAGCACACGCGCAGGCCCAGGCCCAAGCGCAACAAAAUCCCAACGCUUCUGCCAUGGGCACACCUCACGCCCACCCGGUGCAUCACAGUCCUCUUCCGGCAGGUAUGACAGGCGGUGUGCCGGUCAACAUGGCGCAGCAACCACAACCACGUUUCCCUCAAGUUUCGCAAGCCCAGGUAUCAUCGCCAAUCGUGCGGCAAAACACGCCGCAAACCGCGUCGUCCCCUAUGGGCAUGGCCGGGGUCGCUAUGCAGCAUUCCAACUCGAAUAUGGGGCAGGCGGGUAGCCCAGCAAGGCCGCCAUCGGUGGUUCAGAACCAUUCGAUGGCCGCACCCAUGGCGCCCAACAUGUCCGCACGGGGCAGCCAGCAGAGCCACGCGGGAGGUACACCCAGGAUGCCCAGCGCCACACCCAACAUGGCACACGCGACCCCUAUUACGCGGCCGCAGGUAAUGCCGACUCCACGGAUGACCCAAGCUAGUCCGCCUGGCGGCAUGAUGGCGGCCGCGCAGCAGUUGGGACACAUGGUGAUGACGCCGCAGGGAAUGAUGCAGGUGCCGAAUGUCGGGGCCACCGCGGCCCAGAUUGCGCAGCAGCAGCGAAUGAUGCAGCAGCAACAGCAGUUAUUGCAGAUGCAGCAGAACGGCAUGAUGAACAACGUGCCUGCCGUCCAGCAUCAGCUCGCCCAGCAACGGUUGAUGCAGCAACAUCAGCAGCAGUUGCUGAUGCAGCAGCGGGGAGGCCAGAUGAUGAACCAGCCGACGGCACAGCUGGCCGCGCAGUACUCGCAGCAGCUCAGCCAAAUGCAACAGCAGGCAGCGCUUAUGGGCCAGAUGAACCCGAUGCAAGCCGCCGCACAGCGUCAGUUUCUCGCUGCUCAGGCACAUGCUGCACGGAACCAACAAAACAUGAACGCUAUGGGACCCAACGGCAUGACGCCGGCUCAACUCGCUAUGAUGCAACAACUACACCUCGCCCAACAACAGCAGCACCAGCAACAACAGCAACAGCAACAACAGCAGCACCAGCAACAUCAAGCAGCCGCAGCCGCCGUCGCCGCCCAGCAACAGCAGCAGCAACAGCAGGCACAACAACAGCAACAGCAUGACGCCCAACAACAUCAACAACAGGCACAGCAGCAGGCACAGCAGCAGGCGCAGCAGCAGGCGCAAGCGCAACAGCAAGCGCGAGCAUCGGCCAGCAUGCUCGGACUCAGCCAGCAACAGCAGCAGCAAAUCCACAACCAGAUCCAGAACCUCACGGGCGCCAUCUUCUCCAAGCAGCUGCCGAAUUUCCAGAAGGCUUUCCCCAGCGGCGUCAUCCCCGAGGACGACCUCGCCCAGUUCAAGCGCAACUGCUUGAUGCAGGCCCGGAACCAUGUCCUCAGCCAGCUGAAUCAGAGCCGGUUGGGAAUGCAGGCUCAGCAAGCGCAGGCUCAAGCUCAAGCCCAGGCGCAGGUGGCUGCUAUGCAACAGCAGCAACAGCAGCAGCAGCAGCAGAUGAAUGGGGUGAAUGGUGGUGGGGGGAUGAUGGGGCAGGGAAUGUAG